AUGGAGUCAACAGGAGGAGAGGAAGAAGAAAGAAAGCUAUGUGAGUCAUACCAACAGAAAAGGAAAAGAAAAGAAAUUACCUCCGCCUGCAUGUUGAACACCGAGCUGGGCGCUGUCUUGGCCGUCAUGCGGCGGCCACAACAAGAACCGUCCUUUUAUACUUCAGAUAGUCAAAGCGAUACCAAUAUUCUUAAUUCCUUGAAAUCUCUGCGUUCCUUAAUCUUCAAUCCUCAACAAGAAUGGCAAACCAUAGAUCCCUCCAUUUAUAUCUCCCCAUUUCUCGAUGUGGUACAAGGCGAAAACAUCCCCGCAGCCGCCACAAUUGUUGCACUUUCGGCCAUUCUGAAGAUUCUCAGGCUCGAAAUCUUCAACGAGAAGACCCCUGGAGCUAGAGAUGCAAUAACUUGUAUUGUGACUGGGGUUUCCACUUGUCGCCUUGAAACUACAAACCAAGCAUGUGAAGAAGCUGUGAUGCUGAGAAUUCUACAGGUUUUGACAGCAGUCAUGAGACACAGCGCUUCAAUUUUGCUUUCGAAUCAUGCUGUUUGUAACCUGGUGAAUACAUGUUUCCAAGUUGUUCAACAAUCUGCGAACAGGAGUGAUUUGCUUCAACGCAGUGCAAGAUAUGCAAUGCAUGAAGUUUUACAGGUUAUAUUUUCGAGGUUGUUAGAAAUUGAGGUAAAACCCGAGCAAUGCGAGUCUGAUAUGGAGGAUGUUGAAGAUGGUACCGAUUCAGAUUCUGGUUAUGGAGUUCGCUGUGCUGUUGACAUCUUUCACUUUUUAUGCUCAUUGCUUAACGUGGUUCAGGUUGUGGAGACAGAAGGGUCUACGUCUCAUGCAGCUGAUGAGGAUGUUCAGCUUUUCUCCUUGGUUUUGAUAAAUUCUUGCAUAGAGUUGGGUGGACCUGAAAUUGGGAAGCACCCCAAACUCUUGAGGAUGAUUCAGGAUGACCUGUUUCACCAUUUGAUCCAUUAUGGAACUCGAUCAGCCCCCCUUCUAUUCUCCAUGAUCUGCAGUAUUGUUUUGAAUAUCUAUCACUUUCUUAAAAGGUUCAUUCGUCUUCAACUAGAAGCCUUUUUCAGAUUUGUAGUACUGAGAGUAGCUUCUACAGGAUCUUCAGUUCACCUCCAAGAAGUUGCAGUUGAAGCAAUUAUAAAUUUCUUGAGGCAAUCAUCAUUUAUAAUGGAAGUGUACGUCAACUAUGACUGCCAUCCUACCUGCCUAAGUGUAUUCGAGGAGAUUGGAAAGUUGCUAUGCAAGCUCGCAUUUCCAGGGGCUGUCCCUUUGACCACCAUACAAGUCCAAGCCUUUGAAGGUCUAGUGAUCAUAAUGCACACCAUCGCGGAGAACAUUGAUAAUCAAGGUGAUUCAUGUCCUUUUGGGCCAUAUCCAGUUGAAAUUACCGAGUAUAGACCCUUUUGGGAAGAGAAGUCCAAAGACGAUUUAGAUUUGGAGACUUGGGUAGAAGACUCAAGAAUAAGGAGAACACAGAAAAAGAAACUGUUGAUUGCUAGGGACCAUUUUAAUCGAGACGAGAAGAAAGGUUUGGAGUACUUGAAACUUUGCCAAUUAGUCUCAGAACCAGCAGAUCCAAAAGACAUUGCUAUGUUCUUUCGCUACACACCAGAACUAGACAAGAACAUGAUGGGCGAUUAUCUUGGUGAUCCUGAUGAGUUUCAUCUUCAAGUUCUUCGAGAAUUCGCAGAAACCUUCAGAUUUUCAGGCGUGAUUCUUGACACAGCACUCCGUACCUAUCUCGCAGCCUUUCGGUUACCAGGGGAAUCCCAAAAGAUUCAGCGGAUCCUUGAAGCAUUCUCGGAUAGAUUUUAUGACCAGCAAUCCUCAGAUAUAUUUGCUAGCAAGGAUGCAGUCUUCAUCCUUUGUUACUCCCUUAUAAUGCUCAAUACUGAUCAACAUAAUCCACAAGUUAAGAAAAAAAUGACCGAGGAAGAAUUUAUCCGGAACAAUAGAGCAAUCAAUGGGGGGCAGGAUCUUCCCAGAGAGUACCUUUCUGAGCUUUUCCAAUCAAUCGCAACCAAUCCAAUAGCAGUUUUUGGUCAAUCUGGUUUGCUAGUGGAGAUGAACCCAGGCAGGUGGAUGGAGCUGAUGAACCAAUCCAAAGUUAUGCAGCUCUACAUCCAAUGUGAUUUUGAUCGUCAGCUGGGAAGAGAUAUGUUUGCUUGCGUUGCUGGUCCAUCAAUUGCAGCUCUUUCUGCAUUCUUUGAGCAUUCUGAUGAAGAUGAGAUGUUCCAUGAAUGCAUUGAAGGAUUGAUGUCAGUAGCUAGGAUAGCUCAGUAUGGCCUAGAAGAUACACUUGACGAGCUCAUUGCCUCGUUUUCCAAAUUCACUACAUUGCUAAACCCUUAUGCCUCUGCAGAAGAAACAUUGUUCGCUUUUAGCAAUGACAUGAAACCAAAAAUGGCUACUCUUGCCAUUUUCACCAUUGCAAACAGCUUUGGAGAUUCAAUUCGAGCGGGCUGGAGGAAUAUUGUGGACUGCUUGUUGAAACUCAAAAGGCUUAAGCUAAUUCCUGAGUCUGCGAUUGAUUUUGAUAACGCUGCCUCAGCAAACUUGAGUACUGAAUCAGGUGUCAUCUCUCCCUCCCACGCUCCUAAAUUUGGCGACAAUCAGACUCCUAACGCUAUUAGUCGGUUCUCGCAAUUUCUAUCAGUAGAGAGCAUGGAAGAUUCAUUAUCUCUCGGAAUGAGUGAAUUUGAGCGAAACCUCAAGAUUAUCAAACAGUGCCGAAUUGGGAGCAUCUUCAGCAAUAGUUCAACUUUACCUGAAGACACUGUGCUGAAUCUUGGGCGUUCUUUGAUAUUUGCAGCGGCUGGGAAAGGUCAAAAGUUCAGCACCCCAGUUGAAGAGGAAGAGACAGUUGGGUUCUGUUGGGAUUUGGUAACUGUCAUUGCUAUGGCCAACAUUCACAGAUUCCAGUCAUUUUGGCCUUCAUUCCAUGAUUAUUUGCUAGUAGUUGCUCAGUUUCCUCUUUUCUCCCCUAUCCCAUUUGCUGAAAAGGCCAUUUUAUGUCUUUUCAAGGUAUGUCUCAAGCUUCUUUCUUCAUCCAGAGCUGAUAAAUCAGAGGAGUUGAUUUUCAAAUCCAUAAAUUUGAUGUGGAAGCUCGAUAAAGAAAUUCUUGACACAUGUUGUGAGUCCAUAACAAAUACAAUAAGCAAGAUUCUUAUUGGAUAUCCAGAAAAUUUACAAACUCAUCUUGGCUGGAAAUCAGCACUCCAUAUGUUAUCUGUUUCAGGCCGACACUUGGAAACCUACGAGCAAGGUGUUGAGACUUUGAUCACCUUGAUGUCUGACACUGGAUAUGUUUCACGUAUAAAUUACGCUUAUUGUAUUGAUUGUGCAUUUGGAUUUGUUGCCCUCAAGAACAGUCCGCUAGAGAAGAACCUGAAGAUACUAGACCUUCUAUCAGAUUCAGUGAAUUUACUUAUCCAUUGGUGCAGAAAUUACUCUGAUCCGGGAAGUAAUCAUAGCAUGGUAAGCAAUGCAAGCAAUUCCUCGGUUGAGGACAUCAUAAAAGGUUCUGGCAACUAUACCAUGAAUCUAUUUAUCAAACUCGGUGAAGCAUUUAGAAAAACCAGCUUAGCACGACGAGAAGAGAUGAGAAACCAUGCAAUUGCGUCGCUUCAGAAAAGUUUUACUUUGGCUGAGGAGCUUGACUUCUCACCAGUCAACUGUAUGAAUUGUUUUAACCUGGUUAUAUUUGCAAUGGUAGACGACUUACACGAAAAGAUGGUGGAAUAUUCAAGGCGUGAGAACGCAGAGAGGGAGAUGAGAGGUAUGGAAGGAACUCUAAAACUCGCUAUGGAGCUCCUUACAGAUGUUUACAUGCUGUUCCUUAGGCAGAUAGCAGCCAGUCCUGGGUUUAGGACUUUCUGGCUGGGAGUUUUGAGAAGAAUGGAUACAUGUAUGAAGGCGGAUUUGGGAGUCUGGGGCGGGACAAAAUUGCAACAAAUAGUACCAAGUUUAUUGAGAAGGAUGAUCACGAAAAUGAAAGAAGAAGAAAUUUUAGUGCAAAAGGAGGGUGAUGAUCUCUGGGAUAUCACCGACAUUCAAAUACAGUGGAUUGCUCCUUCACUCAAGGAGGAGCUGUUCCCUGACGAAAUAUAGAUAAGGACUUCCGAUCCAUCCAUCCACAGCAGAAAUACAGUGAGGCAAUUAUUUUCUUGUAAAGAAACUUCACUUGUGGUUGCAAUACAUUUGUUUAGAAAAAGAUAAGUAUUUUUAGCGGUGCCGUUUGACAAUUACUAUAUUUGCGAGUGGAUAAAUAUUUAAAGCUUAGUAGAGAAGACAAGGUAAUCAUUACACUAAUGUUUUCGCCUUAACUACCCUCAAGGAACUAUCAUUUCUUCCUUGAUCUCUUUAUGAAUUUAGCAGGCAGGCAGGCAACCAUCUCCCAGCUUAGGUAUCUGGCUAUUAGAGAGCCGACACCUAAUAACAUUUGCUGUUUUGCAAAUUGGAAGUAUCGGAAAAGCAUAAAUGGAUGCAUAAACAACUCAUGGGAUUACUCUAAAAAUGUUUUGCCUAUCGGUGCCAAUCAUCAUCGGGACCAUCCGUGAUGACACUGUUAAGAACAACCAAAACCAGUGCCUUGCAACUUGCAAGUGCCCCAUCUUGAAUCCCUAGUAAUUGAAUCAAAGGCAUCAUCAAUGCUAUUUACCUCUACCUAAUCAUUGGAGGACUUAACAAAUAUCUCCAAGGAGCCGGAACCCUUUUUCUUGGAAAAGUUGGAAACAAUAAAAUCCCCACUUCUAUACUGAGAAAUUAGCAUUGAAGCAACCAGACUUUGGCUGAUAACCACCAACCUUUCACAUGCCUCUUGAACAGAUUUAGAUGCCCGCAGCCAUCAUCGGACCUGAACACAAUGCCCAGAAGUCUGGGCAGCACAAAUCCUUAACUAUCUGAUAAACACACUCCAUAUUUUCAAAGAAUCCAUUAGAGUUAUGCUUCUCUAUCCAACUCAUUUCCAUUCAGUCUCUCGUGCUCUCCUCUCUCC